AUGGGCGCUGACCCGUGGAUGCUCGCCGCCAACGACGGGUACUACCUUACCUACACGUCGGGCAACCACGUCGAGAUUCGCUACUCGACCUCGCUCACCGACUUCCACGGUGCCGAGCCAACGACUGUGUGGUCGCCGACGGGCUCGCAGGGGGGUGUCUGGGCACCGGAGUUGCACAACAUCGAUGGCCGCUACUACAUCUACGUCGCGAUCACCGACAGCGACAACGCGGGCCACCGCAUGCAUGUCCUCCAGGGUGACACCCAGGACCCGCUCAAGCCCUUCACCUAUGUCGGCAAGCUGAGCACCCCUGAUGACAAUUGGGCUAUCGACGGCACGGUCUUGAAGUACGGCAACACCAACUACUUCAUCUGGUCUGGCUGGACCUCGAACGCCGACCAGGCCAACCAGUACCUCUACAUCGCCAAGAUGUCCAGCCCGACCUCGCUCGAGGGCGACCGCGUUCUCCUCCACAGCCCCGACCCGUCGUGGCAGCGCUCCGGCAGCAGCGGCGUCAACGAGGGCCCCGAGAUCCUCGUCCACAACGACCGCACCUUCCUCGUCUACUCCGCCGCCGGCUCGUGGACGGGCGACUACUGUCUCGCUCUGAUGGGUAUCGACGGCGGCGCGGACCCGAUGGUGCCCUCCAACUGGUGGCGCGUCGACGACCGCCCGGUCUUCUGGAGCAGCGACGUCACCUUCGGUGUCGGCCACGCGUCCUUCCCCUUCGACCGCAACGGCACGCCCUACAUCGUCUACCACGGCAUGUCCGAUCCCAAUGCUGGCUGGGACGGUCGCUCGAUCCGCGCCGAGAAGUUCCAGUGGAACUCCGACGGCUCUCCCUGGUUCCCGACGCCCACCGCGCUCGGUGUUCAGCUUCCCGACUCCGCCUAA